AUGGGGCCGCGGCGGCUCGGCGCCGCUCUCCUGGCGCUGCCCCUGCUCCUCCGCGCGGCCGCCGCGGGGCAGUGGUGCUACGAUUCGCAGGACCCCGCGUGCGGCCCCAGCCACUGGAAGGAGCUGAAGGCCGCCUGCGGAGGCAGCCGGCAGUCGCCCAUUAACAUCGACCGGCGCCGGCUGCGCAGGGACGGCCGCCUCGGCCGCAUCCUCUUCGAGGGCUACGACCGGGCCCCCGCGGGCAGGUGGAGGCUGGCGAACGACGGGCACACGGUGGUGCUGAGCCUGCAAGGCGACUCGGCGGCCGAGCACAUCAACAUCACCGGCGGGGGCCUGCCCGGCACCUACCGGGCUCUGCAGCUCCACUUCCACUGGGGCAGCCUCACCGGCAACGGCUCCGAGCACACCCUCGACGGGCGCCAGUUCCCCAUGGAGCUGCACAUCGUCCACAUCAACGUCAACUACCGGAGCCUCGGGGAGGCCAAGGGGCACCCGAACGGGCUGGCUGUGCUCGGCUUCUUCUUCAAGGUCUCGGAAACGGAUAACUCCAACUACAACACCAUCGUGGCUGGCCUGAGGAACGUGUCCCACCAGGGAGACUUUGUGGAUUUGGCCUCCACUUUCCGCCUGAGCAACCUGCUCCCGAGCGCCGCGCAGCUCUCCAAGUACUACCGCUACCAGGGCUCCCUGACCACCCCCGACUGCAGCGAAGUCGUCGUCUGGACGGUGUUCGAGGAGCCCGUGGCUAUCGGCCAGGCGCAGCUCACGGCGUUCGUGGACACCGUCCACUUCCCGGCCGCCGGCGCCCUGCUCCUCAAGAUGACCGACAACUUCCGCCCGCCGCAGCCCCUGCGCGGCCGCCGCGUCCUGGCGUCGCGGGACGCCGCGACGACAAGGAGCAUCAGCAAACUCCUGUUGUCCCCCAAUGGUGCCGUGGGUGCCGUGGGCGUCAGCUUGGCCGUGGGCGCCGUGGGAGCCUGGCUGCGUCUGGCAGCAAGACCGAGGCUGCGGGAGACCCCCCGGCACCUCGUGGCCGUCUUCACCAGGAAGCUCCUGCUUCCUCCACGGUUAACGGUUUACGAUUUACAGUUAUCAUACCCUUGGUGGUAA